AUGAAUCCAGGCGGAGAAGGCGCGCCAAAUAGGCCACACAACCCGCCCGACCAAGAGAGGAGAGCCAAUGAUCCUCCUAAUCCAGCAGAAGCUAGAGCUGACCAGCCAGCACCGGCCAGAGACGUUCCUCCGCCCAAUCCGAACGCGCCCGAUGCAGCUGAGCCGCUACAGCCACCUCUUAACCCGCCGCGACCACCACCGGCGUUUGCAAAUGGACAUCAUCGUCACGGUGACAACCAAGGGAUGCCUCAAGACCAACCUCACGCACCUCCAAGGAGAGUGCCAAACGCGCAGCAUCCAAGGCACCAAACUAUGGGAGACUUUGAUUCGUCCGAUGCUUUCUUUAUGGAUCGGAAUCCAAUCCGACCGCCUCUACCUCCAAGGAACGAUUUUGAGAUCAAACCACAGAUCAUUGCCUUGGUGAAGCAAAACCAAUUCCAUGGUUUGCCCACUGAGCAUCCUCUUGAUCACGUCGACACCUUUGAGGAGAUAUGUAGCACAACUCGUGUUAAUGGAGUAUCGCCGGAUUACUUCAAGUGCAAGCUAUUCACUUUUUCUCUAAGUGACAAGGCGCUUAGAUGGGUGAUGAUAGGAUUUUAUGCGGAUGUGAUAUGA